AUGUGGUAUGGUAUCUCAACAUUAACAACGGCUGUAUUAAUUCUUAUGAUGAGUUCAAGUAGUGAAGGAACAGAUUGGAUUGACUAUGGAGAACCAGCGCCGAAUGUUGCCAUGGCAUUUGAUGAUGAUUCGGAUCAAUAUUUAAGCGCAUUGACACGUGAUGAAGAACAAGAAAUACAUAGCCCAUUAAUAACAGGGUACAAAUAUGUGUCAGGUAAAUUUUACAUUGAAGUGACAGACCGAAGUUUAUUUUAUACGUUUUAUUUGAAAUCAGGUGGAGCAGGUGAGGGUCGACAACAUCUAAGUCCUAGUGGGCAAAUACCAAAUCGUCCAGAAGUGAAAACUGACGAAGAAUUACCAGCCUACUGUCAUCCACCAAAUCCAUGCCCGUUAGGAUUCGAAGCUGAUGAUUGUGACGCUUCACCAAUGACGAAGUUCACUGCUGAAUACAGUCGAUCAUAUCAAACUGAACAAAAUUGCCAAUGUGACAAUGAUCACGAUGAGUGUUUUCUGAAUAAUAUCAUGUAUACAGUUCCGCCUAACAGUGCAUCAGGAGGUGUUUUGAAACGCGCUCGACGUGUUCGCCGAGCUACAAACAAUAAACAAGAUGGAGAAAAUGCUACUAAGUCUCAUCCACAAUGGAACUCGUACCACCGAGGGCAAACUCUACGAUUUCAUGUUGCUAAAAAAUCCCCGACUACUCUGACGUCUUAA